CUUGUGUGAAUGAAAUCAACAACAUAAACAGAUAUAUGAUUCUAAUUGUAAUUAUUAUCAGGCCACAUUCUUUCAGAAUAAAAUGAGGUGGUAUUUCACAUUAUUUUUAGAAUUAUUUAUGGUCUUACACGUGGCAAGUGUUAAUUAAAUCAGUGAAGAGACUAUAUAAAGUCUUGUUUUCAUUUGCUCAACACGCUCGCUGAUUUCAUGAUGAUGAUAAUGUCGAUGAAGAGAUUCUUUGUGCUGUUGCUGUUUGUUCAAGCGUUUGCAGUAUUCAUCAAGCCAAGCGAAGCAUGGUGGUACUUUGAUGACAACUACGGAAUUGUGGACCAGCGUGCACACGGAGAUUAUCUUUAUGUUGAUGACGGUGAAGAACGUUUUGUGGUGAAUAAUGAUGGAAACAACAAACAUGUUUAUGUUGAUGACGGUGAAGAACGUUUUGUGGACCAGCCCGCACACGGAGAUUUGCUUCAUGUUGACGACGAUGAGGAACCUUUCGUUGUACACGGCCCAUAGGCGUUACUUCAAUUGAUCUUCGCGUUGUGACAUAAAAGAUAACAAUGUCAAAUGGAGUAUAUACCCUUGUGUCCCAAUACGUAACAAACUUAUAAAAACGUUUCAAAUUUCACUUAAACCAUGUAGUUGUAGUUUCUGUAAUCUCAAAUGUUUGGUAUAUUUUCAAAGUUAACGAAUAAAUAACAAUAUUUUCAACCCUUCCUCAUUAUUUCAUUUUCGUGCACUUGUCUUUCUAUGACUGAAGGCGAUCUGCUGAUAGACAGUUUCAGUGUGUUGAGUUUCUAAGUGUGAAUCUUCGUGUCGACUUCGCGAUCGUGAUACAAACUCUCGACUAGAUAAAUUAAUUUUGAAGCUGAACGGUGCAGAUUCAACUGCACAUGAAAAAUAUUUACAUCAGUAUUUGUUGAGGGCGCUUUUAGAUUCCAGAUAUCGCUUUGUGUACGCACAUAACUCGCCUCAUGCUGUCGAUGGCGAAUUUCGGUAAUUUAUUUGGAUA